CGACCGUCCUCCCACCGACGAAGCGAGGCCGACAGUUGAAUCAUCUUACCUCUGUUAUUGACAUUGACGGGUUGUCGGUCAUGAGGCUCAUGCAAUUUUGAUGCAAGAGGACGCUGCUGUGUCUCCAUCCUUCUGCGCUGCCUCUUCCAAUCAAAGCCCACAACCAGAAAUCGAAUUGAACCCCUAACAAAUGGCGGUCUCAGCCCCAGCUGGCAUGGACUCCGCACCGACAAGUUCCCUUGCUCCUUCCGACGCCUUGAACGAUCCCAAGAGUCGUGUCACCCACAACGAUGGGGACAAUCACCACGUCAACAAGCCGGCUACCCAAUCCGACUACUUCAAUAUACCUCCUGCUGUCCCCGCCCUCUGUUUCAGUGUCGCGUAUGACAGCCUGAAUAACCGCGGAAACUCGCUGGAGCCUCACCGAGCCGCAAAUCAGCCUUCGCCACAAGUGAGCUUCAAUCCAACAUCUUAUCCAGGCUCGGGACCUCGGCGGACGUCGUUCCCUGAAAUCUUACCUCACGGCCACAUCCCGCCUCCACUCAGCAACGCACGCCUGCCCACUUCGGAGACUGAGACGCCCAACCUUCUCAUAGGUGGCAACACCGGACUGGACGAUGUGCAGACCGAUAGUGAUCCUGAAUUUCGAUAUUCCCUACCAUCUUUGACUAUGAAUCAGACCCAGACUCCCUCUUCUGUUACUAGCGCCCACGACCUCGACAGUGACACAAUCGUUGUUUUAAGCGAGAUGGCGACGUCUGAUAUUGUUGGCGACGGAAGGACACCGGCAGCAGCAGGCAACAGAGGCGCUGUGCCUGGCAGAAACAAGCAAUAUGUUCUUCCCAACGGUGCAGUGGUCUCUGGUAAGGGGUUAGGUCGAGGCAGACCAGGCAUCAAACGGGGACCGCGAAACAGCAUGGCUCCAAGUGAUGACCAAACCUCACCGCAAGUCGUACCGGCGAACGCUUCUCACCACUUUGGACCUCCUAGCAAGAAAAGAAAGAGUGGUGCUUCCGACACUUCAGAGUCGAAUCGACGCGCCUCGACUUUGGAUUCGACGGCCACCCCAUCCAGAGAGAGCUCAGAAGAAUACAACCCAUCUGCACAGACUCGAUCCGGGAGGCAAAUUCAGAAGCCCGUUCCUCUGAGCGAUGGCACUCCUGUGCAGGCGAGUCCAUCAAGGAAACUUUCUCGAAAUAAUUCUGCCGCGAAUACGGCGUCGAACUCCCCCGCGUCCAUAAAAACUCACCCAAAGAUCAAACGCAGAGUCUAUCGUGGACGUGAGCAGUUUGCGCUUUGCGAGCAUUGUUUGCGUGGACAUGGCCCUCCGGGAAACGUGAUUGUCUUCUGUGAUGCCUGCAACAAAUGCUGGCAUCAGCGUUGUCACGAACCGCAGAUCUCCCCGCACACGGUUACCGACUCCAAAGCUGAGUGGUUCUGCUCUGAGUGUGACCGAAUUCUGCACGGCAAGAAGAAGGACAAGAAGGCAAAUGCAAAACCGAGCUCCCAAACUGCAGUCGUGGCAACCCCUGUCGUCGAGCAGAAACCCACAUUUACAGGACCACGAAUAGGGGGUCGUUUCCUCCUCGUCGAGCAAAAAGACGCCUAUCUUAAAACAUUGUCCAGAGAUGAUCUCGUGUCAUUAGUUCUGCAAGCAUCGGACCUGGCUCCGGACUUGCCUUUGUUCCAAACCCUAGCACCACCACCUCCUCCACAAGUGGCAAUGCCACAGGCUCAGUUCACUUCUACCUACGUCACACCGGUCUCGAAGGUGCCUUCGUUUGGGGAGAACGAUCCGGGUGAGGAUAAUGAGGUAGAUGAAGGCUACGAUGGAUACUUCGACGAGCACGCCGCAUUAUAUCCUAAGCCUGGAAACGGAGUACAAUUACCGCCGGAGAGCGAGGAUUUGCAUAUUUUGCUGGAGGGCAGGAACAGCAGGACUUUUAGUCACUGGGUGCAAGGAAUGCCCGGGAAUCUGUUCAGUGGGUCCGGGAAUGUCUCUUCGAUAAUAUACUAAGGCUUGGACGGAAGGUGUUGUGCUGGCAGUGUACAAUCCCCGUUGGGCAGAUGUAGAUAUUUCAUCGUUAUCCCGUCUUGGGUGUUUCGUGUCGCUGCU